ACCAGAAAGUGCAGGAAUAUAGAAUAGACCGUUCUUCCCUUUCCUUGCUCCGAGGGAUACAUAACCUCUGUCGUCUUAUAUUUAUAUAUCAAUAUACAAUGUCCAUAUUUGCGAGACGAUUACUUUCAUCCAAAUUUUCAACAGAAUGGCAAUGUUUGCGACCUAUCAUCCGUAACACUCAUCUUCGACAAUGUCAACUGUCGACUCAGUCUCAACCGAACACAGAAUCUGAGCUGUCCAAUGUCCCAGAAAGUUCAGAGACCACAUUGGAUCCGCUGACACAUCCAGACUUUUUUCAAGUGCAUAAACUAUUCACUGUAAAGGAUCUAUAUAAUGCAAGGGUGCAUUAUGGUCACAAGGAGACUUCGCUCAACGAACAUAUGGAGACGUUUAUAUUUGGCUCCAGACUAAGACAUUUAAUAAUCGAUUUAGAUCAAACCGCUGAGUUAUUGAGACAAGCGUUAAACUUUACCGCUCACAUUGCUUUCCGGGGUGGCAUAAUUCUGUUUAUUUCACGCAAUCCCCAGGUCACACAUUUAGUGGACAAAACAGCCAAGGAAUGUAAGGAGUAUUCACAAACAAGGUUUUGGCGACAAGGGCUGUUUCCGAAUUCAAGGAAUCAGUUCAAGGCGACGACACGGUUACCGGAUUUGUGUAUUUUUCUCAAUACUCUAGACACAGUCCUGACUGAGCACAAAGCCGUGAGAUUUGCGGCCAAGAUGUGCAUACCUAGUGUUGGCAUAGUCGACACGAAUUGCAAUCCGAAUCUUAUAACGUAUCCUGUGCCUGGAAAUGACGAUUCUCUGUGUGCUAUUCAACUUUAUUGCUCUUUAUUCAAAGAAGCUAUUAUGAGAGGGAAACAGGCAAGAGAACGGCAGAAAUAUGCGGAAUCGACAUAAAUCUGAUAAGUAAUUUGUGGUAAAACAAAUGUAUA